AUGUCUCUCAGGCUGCUGCCUGCUUUCAAUACAGACAAUGAUGACGAUGAUGAUGGUAACUUCACAAAAUGGAUGAGCAGUUACUGGGGUCACGGAGCAGAAAGCGGACACUCCAGGGACAGAAAACGCAGUUUCAGAAGAUCUGCAAAGGGGGAUCGAAGAGCAUCACUCCCAACUGUGUCACAAUUAGAUGCCAUGAAGCUGAACAGGCUCCAUGCAGCGACAAUGGCUCCCAGCCCGAGCCACCUCAAAACACGGGAGGAGAAAGGGGAGGUCAGGCUCCACCAGAGGGCCCGCCGUGCCUCCUCAGACGACAACAGCCGCUCCAAGCCAGCAAUGGCAGAAAACCGCAUCACUACCAUCCCAGAGCUUACAGAGUCAUUAGAGAGGAGACUUUUUCUCCGUGAUGAAAGGGUCGUCUCACUGAACGAUGAAGACACGUUGUGCCUGAUCUGUCAUGAGGACAUGCGGAAGAACGGAGCAGGAGUUCAAGAGCUGCAUUGUGCACACCGCUUCCACAAAGAGGCAGCUCGAAGGUUAGAGCAGUGUCGGCCCCGCAGCGGCAGUGAAGCAGCAGCUGGUCAGGUGAGGAGAUUCGCGGAUGAGAGGAGGAAGUCUGCAGACGGACAGAUCCCCACGGAGAAGGAGCAGCACGCACUCCGACGCCAACUUUCCCUGCGGAGACAUCGCUGA